CUUGCUUGUGGUGUGAAUAGUUUGCGCCUUUGAUUGUUUAGUACUAAAACUAUGUUGGGUAGUGAGUGACUACUCUUAUUAAUUAUAACUUGCAAAGUCACUUGUUUACUCUGUAUUAAGUCGCAUUAUUCUUUUCCUUGAGUCAUUAAUAAUUAAAACUGCUCGAGUGCAAGAAACAAAUUCAAAGGUUGAAAAGUCCAUAAAUCAAAUUUCAACUACUGAAGCUGUACUUUUCUCACUUAGCACUUAAUAAAAAGCAGCUCCUGCGAGAAGUAGACAUGCAUCUACGUAUCCAUCAAGCCGGGCUACAGGGCACUCUCAACAUAGCCAAACUCCACAGCAUCGUAGUAUCCACCGACACCAAAAUGACCAUCGGUCUCCUAUUCGACCUCAUCCCCUCAACCGACUCCUCCCUAUACAGCUACAAAAACACCGCCUUAGCUUCAGAACACCAUGCAAAGUGGAAGCAGCAAGUUACCGAUACGGUCACGCAGUUACACGCCCAUGAUCUUGUGUGGGGCGAUGUUCAUCCGGGGAAUAUUGUCAUCGAUACCAGCUUCAACGCGUGGGUUGUGGAUUUCGGCGGGGGCUCAAUAGUGGAGUUCGUUCCGCGCAAGAAAGCAGGGACGAAAGAGGGGGAUUGGCAGGGGGUUGGGAAGAUCUUUGAUGAAUGGAUAUUCAAAAGCGAUGACUGAACACAAGUGGCAUCCAUCAGUGGCUUUGGCAAGAGGCCUUUAAAAUGCCAGUGCAUUCAGGGUACGAAUGUGGUAAACGGAUAUCACACAAAAACACUAAAACCAGCAUCUGAGAAACUCGAACCUCUUCCCAUUUAUUGUUCUCGCUAUGCCGCUAAAUGGAAGCAAAGCAACCUGAC